AUGCCAAACAACACCGAGUCCCCGAAGAGGUCGGCGGAUGAAUCGACAGCUAAGCCGUCAGAAGAAGACGAGCCGAUGUUCUCUGAGGAGAUGCUAGAAGAACGAAAGAGGGCUGAAGCGUUGAGAGCUUCCGCUAAAAAAGAGCCAAAAACCACACAACAGCUCAAUUCUAACGCUCGUGAUACUGAGAAUGAGCAAGAGUCUGAGCUCGAGGUCGGGGCUCCUGCUACAGCUCCCGAAGCAGCUGCCCCAGCAGAUACUGUUCCUGCGGCUUUAGUCGAUCAGAUGCUUAAAGAUGGUAAGGUUGCUGUCCAGGAAGUCCAACACGAGGAAAUUAAAGGAGAUGCCGAGGCUGCGCCGGCAGAACAAACGGAAGCGUCGGAGUUAGAAAAUCAAGAACAAACCUACGAUCCAAAUGCCUACCCAGGUUACAUCUGGAAUUAUGAAACACAACAAUGGGAAACCGAUCCAAAUUACGACCCAACCCAAUAUCAAUCCGCUGACUACCAUGCUGGAUACGACCAGGGGGGUUAUCAAUGCGAUUACAGUGGUGCUUCUCAGACUGGCGGCUAUGACUACGGCAACACCUACGACCAAACCUACGGACAAACAUACGCUUAUGACCAGAACGAUGGAUACACCAAUUCGAUUUACCCACAGGCUGACACUAGCACUUAUGAUCAGAAUGCUCAGCAGUACUAUGCGGGAUACGACCAACAAGCGACUUAUCAAUACGAUGAAACGGCUCAAUACGCUGGUUAUGAUCAAGCUGCUGGGGGAUACGAGCAGCAAGCGCAGUACUACGAUACCAGCGCUGCUCAGGGGAACGGCUAUCCCGAUGGGUCGUACCACCAAACACAUGCCGGAUACGACCAAACUGCUGCCGAGUACAGUGAACCGCACAUUGGCUGCGAUCAGGACCACUCCGUCACUCCGCAGCCCGAGGAAUACAAUGUCGCUGCGCCGGCACCAUUGGGCGCUGAACAGCAAACGGCGCCAACUAACUACGACUACUCACAAUAUUCUCAAAGCUACGCUACUGGUUAUUCCGCCUAUCAGAAGGAUCAUGCUGCACAACCUUACGGCGGACAGGUAAACGUUCAUAACGAGGUGAAUGCAAAUGGCCCCCAACCCUACUCUACAGAACAUGAUAACUCUCAGACGGGACCUCCUCAACGACCCCCACCUGCUUCAGUGUUCACACAGCCACUAUUCCAGAGUGCGCCACCAUUAGACCCGUACGCUUGGAAUUCUACUGGUCAUGACAUCUACGCUCCAGAUGCCCUCAGUCAGUCAGCUGUUGAUCACUCGCAGCACUCUCCUUCCAGGCCCCCACCGCCUUCAAGGCCCGCACCUCCAAAGCAUCCCCGAACAGGCGCUGGAAAUGAUCAGGUUGCCGCAGCAACUGCAGCAGCAGAAGCAGUUGUUCACGCUCCUCCACCACCACGACCUCCUUCAGCAUCCCAUCCUCAUCCCGCUCCUUCACGACCAGGACCUCCAUCGCCGAGACCUCCUCCACCUAAAAGGGUGGUGGAGCCCGAGCCGGAAGAAGAUGCGUGGACUCAGUUCAAAAAGAUGACAGAGCAGGUAAAUGUGGCAUUGAAGUCAACAGAAACUACUCUGAAGACUUUGAGCGAAACUACUGCAGUCAAGGAGAUUAAGGAUGAGAGCUAUCUAGGACAGAUAGGAGGCUCCCAGGGCUAUUCGGACAACAUUGCUCAGAGGGAGAUUCAUCGCCUGACAGAAGAGAUGAAGCAGGAGAAGAAACUCAAGAAGAAAUUAAAACAACAAGGGAAAAAAGUUGCAUCUCCAACAUUCGAUCCAGAUCAAGAGGACAGUAUGGAUCGUGCUGCUCAAGAACUCGCCAUGAAAAUGGCCAAUAUGCGGACGGAUCUUGCGGACUGGAAACCGCCUUCCGAAACCAAAGCUGCUGACGAGAUGGAAAAGAAUGACUCAGUGUCGACUAUCCCUCCAAACCCGAUCAAGGACACCCAGCAGGAUUCCGGUGGCUCAUUGGAGCUGCCAGCGCAUCUAAGUACUCAUCCACCGGACAGUGCUACACCAGUUACUGACUCAGCACCCGAUGAUCCAAAGCUCACGGCUCCUGCAUGGGCAGAUUUCGAGAGCACUGCUCCGGAGUUACCACCCAGUGAAAGCGGUUUCUUCAGCAACAAAGACAAUAAUACCCUGAAUGACUCCUCAGCUCCGGACAGCUUCGAUCCAUUUGUGGUGCCUUCACAAUUUAAGCCAACAAGAGAUCCUUUCGCUCCGCCAGAUAACAAUUUAAUCGAUGAGGACUACGAUCCAUUCGCCGUGAAACCUGUGGAAGACAUUGUUGCAGCCGCAAGAGCAAAGGCUGAAGAAGUUCUUCGAGCAAAAGAGGCUCAGGAGGACGUCGAGUUCUUCUCAAGCUCACGCCACAGUCCUACUCUUUCAAGUCCAACUCCCGAAGGUGGAAGUCCAGUGGCGAGCCCUAAUCAUCGACCAGACGGAUUCGAGGAUGAUUUCAAGGCAGAAGGUACGGAUAUGGAGACGCCCACUCCACUUUACGAUGAAGAUGAUUCUGAGCCGUUGACCGAUUUUAUGCCAAAGUUCGCAGGGGACGGUUGGGAUCUCAUGAUUAGACAUCCAAUAAAGAAGAAGUCUUUUAUGGCGGAACGAUUCUGGAAACCAUGCUAUGUACGUUUACAGGGAAAUAAUCUGCUUGUCUACAAUGCCAAGACCGACAACAGACCUAUACAGGAACUCUUACUGCAAGCCAGCUAUUCACUGUCGGACACUACGCUUCAAGCAUACGAUGUUUACGGUAAAAUCCACACGGUCAAAUUGCAGUACGUCCUCUACAAGGAAAAAGUUGGCAUUCGGCCAGGUCAAAUCUCGCGCUUAGUCGAUGGCCACAUCACGAAGUAUGGACUUCCACUGGAACACACUGCUCAAUGCACAGUGCUCCUCAAAUUUGGCUCACUCACAUCCAAAGAGUUGCAGUCGUUUGUGUCUACGGUGGAAGAUGUGUUGUUCAAGUGCCCGGCUAAGCGAGACACAAAACCGGUGUACAAGCAGGAUGAAGUCCAGAUCCACUGCUACGACGAAUAUUCAGCUUAUGUUGACAAAGAAGGUGUACUUUCUGACCAAAAAGCUCGAGUGCGACUUUUUUGCUUGGCCUUUGUCAGCGGUUCUCCAUUUCUUGAGAUUGGCCUUAAUGAUCGGAGGAGGCAAGGGAAGGAGAUCGUCCGUCGCAAAGAUAUUCUGCCAAUGUAUACGGAACGCUGGAUUCGAUUUGAGGAACUAGAAUUCCACUCAACAGUAGAUCGAAAGGCCUUUGAAGAGGAACAAGUAAUCCGAUUGAGUCCGCCAGACGGUUGUUUCUUUGAGGUGAUGCGAUUCCGAGUGCGACCUCCCAGGAACAGAGAAAAAGCGCUAUCGAUCAAAGCAAUAAUGAAAAUUGCCGGAUCAAAGGUGGAAAUACGGAUUGAGGCUAUGGCAGCUGCUCAAAUCGAGAAGAAUAGGGGCGGUAAGAGCACUCGACGGCAGAUUCCCUGCGAAGAUAUUGCUAUUCGAUUCCCCAUUCCUGAAGCAUGGAUUUACAUCUUUAGGGAAGAACGCCAUUGGGGAGUGGGAUCUGUUCACUCAAAGAAGCUACGACCUGGGAAAGUAAAGAACCUAAAGGAUCGACUUCUCGGAGCAGUUCAAUCGAACGAAGCAAACCUCAUUGAAUGCGCCAUCGGAGAAGCUAAAUACGAGCAUGUCUUCCGGUCACUUGUCUGGAGGAUACCACGGCUUCCUGAGAAGCAUCAUGCGGCCUACAAGUCGCACUUGCUACGGUGUCGCUUCGAGCUAUCGUCGUUCGAUCUGAUGCCGGACGCAUUCUUACCACGAUGCGAAGUCGACUUCACUAUGCCACUGGCUACCGUAUCCAAUACAGUCGUUCGAUCGGUAUCCGUGGAACAGCACGAGGACUCAGACCGGGUGGAGAAAUUCGUCCGCUAUGUUGCUAAGUGCCAGUACAAGGUGGAAAUAGACUACGUGCAAUGCGCCGACCUUGAAGUGGACACCAUGGAUCCUACGACGAAUCCCGAAGUUGCCAUGGCUACCGUGCCCGAACUACAUCAGCCUGCAUUCAAACCUACUGAAAUAGCUGAAUUGCAUGAAGGGUACCGUAUCGAAUUCAGCGACUCGGAAAUAGGUGUAGGUCGACCCGAUGACUCGAGUUCAGAUGACGAUGACGACAAAGCACACAAAAUGCCGAUCAUUCAAAUAGACAUGAAGAAUUAUGGAUAUUAG